UCUUUGCCUCCUUUGAACCAAUCGUGGCCCGCGUGGGCGGGGACCGGGCGCAGCUCUUAGCAUUAGCACCUCGCUGUGCUGUCACUGCCCUGAGUCAGUCAGCGGUGUAAAAAAAGAAGAACAAAAGAAGCCAUGUCGUCCAUCAAGGAGUAUCGUGUGGUUUUACCCUGUAGCGUCGAGGAGUAUCAAGUGGGCCAGCUGUUCUCCGUGGCCGAGGCGAGUAAAAAUGAGACGGGCGGCGGCGAGGGCAUCGAAGUGCUGAAGAACGAACCGUACGAAAAAGACGGAGAGAAGGGACAGUACACACACAAACUCUACCACUUAAAGAGUAAAGUACCAGCUUUUAUCAACAUGAUCGCCCCGGAAGGUUCCCUGGUUUUCCACGAGAAAGCCUGGAACGCUUAUCCCUACUGCCGAACCAUUGUGACGAACGAGUAUAUGGAGGACAAUUUCAUCAUUAAGAUUGAGACGUGGCACAAACCGGACCUUGGAAAAUCAGAAAAUGUGCACAACCUAGACAGCGACACGUGGAAGAAGGUCGUCGUCGUGCCGAUUGACAUCGCAAAUGACCAAGUGUCCACUUCCGAUUACAAGCAAGAAGAAGAUCCAACCAAGUUCAAGUCGGGAAAGACUGGUCGAGGACCUCUUGGGCCAAACUGGAUGAAAGAGCUGGCCACUAACCCCUCCUGUCCACACAUGUGUGCCUACAAACUCGUCACAGUCAAAUUCAAGUGGUGGGGUCUGCAGAACCGAGUGGAGAACUUCAUCCAUAAGCAAGAGAAGAGGAUCUUCACUAACUUCCAUCGCCAGCUCUUCUGUUGGAUUGAUAAGUGGGUGGAGCUGAAUAUGGAAGAUAUCCGGCGGAUGGAGGACGAGACGCAGAAGGAGCUGAAGGAGCUUCGCAAAGGGGGCAACGUUCGAGGCACCAGUGCUAAAGAAGAAUCAUGAGGCGAUGGAUUUUCAACACCCACAACGACGGCAGCGACAGUGCUGCUUUGGUGCCACUGUUUUUGCCUUAAUUGAUUCAGGCUGUGGAGGAGGAGGAAGACGAGGAGGAGGUGGAGGAGGAGGAGGAGGGCACGCUGCUACCUGCAGUCAAUAGAGCACAAUCUCUGGCUCGCACCCAAUCAUAGACAUUCUAUCCACUGAGGAAUUGAUUUCUAGACACCAACAUAAUGCCUGCUGAUAAGACUCAGGUUAAUUUUGAUCGCACCAGCAGAAGAAACGCCAGGUAUCAGCAACACGUUAUUGACAAAAAAAACCCAGAAAAGCCUUCUGGGGAGAUUUGAAGAAGUGCUACUUGCAUUAGAAGUCUCUUUUAAAAGCAAAUGAAUUGGCUUGAUUCAACAGCAGCAGGUGUAGGACCAAAUAUUCUCUGUUAGUUUGUUUUUUAGUAUCCCUUUAUUUCGUUUGUUGACCUUACCCUCAGAAAACAUUCCUCCACAUGAUGAUGAUGAUGAUGAUGAUGCCCUGCAUGACCUCGCUUUGUCUCCUCCUCGGUUUUUAAGCUGCGGUUUAGUGGUUUGCAUUCUCUGGCAUGAGUCGGUCUCUUUGUCAUACUCAUGUUCCUUCCUGCCACAGCCUCCAUUAAGAGAUUACUAACACCCUUGGCACCUUGGCCCAUUGCAUUUCUCCCCCCCAUCCCCUCACCCCGCCAUUCCUGAAGCACUGCAUCUUAUUAGCACUGACAAUCAUGCCCGAACAGGUUUCAGCUCUCGCUCCCCUUUUUCACAGAUUUAAUAGAAACCCCCUUACACAGGAACAUGACACGCACAUCAUGAAAGACGGUUCUCGCACACACUCGCAGGUGUGGCGGCGGCGGCGGCAGCGUUGUGUUGGAUGCCUUUGCGAUGAUGACUGAUCUCUCUUUACAAGCUGCUCGAGCCGCGGCAGAUCCGUGCAGCGCAACUGCGAGAUGCUCGCCUCCCCGACGCAGAUCGUCCCCAGAGAGCAACCGCACGGGAAAAAAAAAAAAAAAAAACUGGCCCCCAGAUGGUGUGACACACCCCUCCAGCCUCGCUGCUUUGUCCCACCUCAGAAGCUGCUUCUCCUCCGUCUCAAACGUCUUCUCCCAUUUCAUUCUGAUCAUGUUUACAGACUCAUCGACGCCUUAUCUGCUCCCGCGCGUCACCAGCAUUACACACUGCCGUCCUUCAACGUCGUUCGGACCUGUCAGACCUUCUGUACCUCUGCUGCCAUCUGUCGCUCUAGCUACCUCCUCCCUAUUUGUAUUUUCCUCGUGACUGGCAGUCUUUUCUAGGAAUUGUUAGCGUUACCUAACCCUAACCCUUUAGUUGGUUGUAUUGUUCAGAACAAAUCAGGACUCCCAAGUGUCAGAAGAUACAAAAAGCUAGUCGACGUGAAGCCGUCUCCUUGUAGACUCCUUCAAUUCCUAAAAUCUCCUUAAGGGAGUGGAGUCGUCGUCUUCUUCUUCUUCGAGUCUUCACCGUCACCCAGCACCUCCUCACUCGAUCAUGAUCAUUUUUAUUUCAUUUGAUCAUCAUUUCAUUAAAACUCUUAAUUUUAUGCACGAUAUUCAAACAUGUACUCUUAAAUCUUUAAUUAGAAGGUUCCAGAAUGUUCUGGAAACCCAGGAGACCCAGGUUUUGGGGAUCCCAUAAAGAUUGUGUAGUCCCAUGUUGUCACUACUGACAUCUAAUGGUGAGACUGCAGAUUGCAACAAACAUAAAACUCCCCCUGCUCACCCCUCCCUCCCUCCCUCCAUACCCCCAAGUGCCUCACCAAACUACAGGAGCCUUCACAGACCAGGAAGGACCUCCAUUGGGUUUAAAGCUUCACUUAACAUUUCUGGAAUCUCUUUCUUUCCCGCUCUCAAAUAUAACAACUGACUCAAAUCCCUCCGUACCACGGUAACGCACCUUUUUCACCAAACAAUAAAAUUGUGGCAAAGUUGUCGAGCAUCCAUUGGGCUGACAUCGCAGAGCUCAGAUGUUGUGAGAACUUCCCUGUUUUGGUUCCUCUCUCGUUUGCCGCCGCGUGUUUCACUGAGCAGAGCUUUGCACGUCACGGUCAUAAAAGGUUUUCUCGGAAAGGCCUCAGAGUUUCCUCUCCGUGCCUCGGGUUGAUGAUUUACACUUGACUCCCAUCGUGCACCUUCUCCCUUUUUUUUGAGUUUCACAAUCUUCGUGGCACUGGUCUAUAAGUGUUGAAGCGUCACUCCUCUCAGAGUCAUAACUGUAUACAAGUACAAAUGGUUUCACAAAGUUUACCGAGUGUUUGUGGGGGCUUCUCUUCUUAUUUUUUCUUCUGCUGUAAACUUUCUUCGAUUGGGGAUUUGUUUUUAGAGAUCUUUGGUGGAAGCUGGUCGCGAUAACAACCUUGUUCGUGUUUGCUUGUCUGUCUCCGUGAUGAUCAAGAGGAUAAAUCACAACCACACAGUCUUAAUCCUAAUUUAUGAAAUCUACACGUGUUUCAUUUCAGAACGGCUUGCUUUUUAAAUGUUUUCAGAUCAGCCUUUUCUCUUAUUUUUUUUUUGAAAUUCAGGGGAUAUGGUAGUGAAUGUAUGGUAUUUUGUGCCUUUUUCUUUCUGUCGAUCUUUGUGUGCUGUUAAAUCCUCAAUAUUAUAUCGAAUAAAACAUUUAUAAAGUUGA